GUUAAAGGUGUACCAUAAUUAAAUGAUUGCGCACAGUGCAAAUAUCGGUUUAUUUUACGACACCAGGCAAGACAUACCGAAACCGAUACGAUCCCAGUGAUCUCACUCAUCCCUCUCUUUUACUCUCUCCGCCACGCCAACAUUUUCCACCUGUGUCAACCUUCGUAUUACUUGUUGAUGAUACUCGACGAUAGUACAAAUAACUACUGGUGCAACUUCUUUCAUGCAGCUCUCUAUUUUAAUCUUCCCUGGCGUCGAUUAAAAUUAUAUUUUUCUUCAUCUUCGUUUUCGCCUUCGCGUUGUUUUGUAAUAUCGGAAAGUUAGUGCGCGUAGUGAGCUCGAAAGGGAAGAUAGUAGAAAGAAUGGAGAACAAGAUGAAUGGAGAGCGGUGGGCAAUCUCCUUUCAUCUUAUCAUAACGACGACCAUAUAUUAACAAGAUUCGUUCAUCUGAUACUAGAUUCUCGUCGUCCUCCCUUACGUUUCAUCUUGUUGCUUGUUCAUUUCUAGUGCUAGAUAAAAAGCUACAAGAUGGGGGACAUCAUCCAGUCGAUAGAAGAAAGCACGAAGAAGCGUGCGAAGGAGCAUGCGCAAACUGCGUUUGCGAUGCAGCGCUUUUUGGUCCAUCAGCGAGAUCAUGAGAAAAACAUCGGAAUGGAAACGGCUAUCUCCGAAGCCGUGGCGGCUGUGGAAAGAAAUGCAGGGCUGUUCGCGCAUCACAUGCUCAAGGCGGAGCAGACCACGCUGAAACUCGAGGAGGAGACGCGACGGAUCCGCGGUUUGGUCGACGAUGACGGGCGAGACGAUGUGGCUUUUGAAUGGGAGCACAUUGCUGCCCAGAAGACGAGUGGACCGGAGCACGGUCAAGGCCCACUAAGGAAACUGAACUACACCCCUUACGUCCGGGGGUUUGGCGGACAUCAUACGCCCGCGCAACUGCAGGCAGCAGUGAAAUUCCGCUCGGUGUCUCAGCGACGACUGCUGGGUGGGCUCAUGAAUUACGAGAAGUUUCUUGCCUACAUCAUGCUGCAGUAUACCUUCCAGGGCUGGAAGUGGUUCAUAAUGGACCGAAAAUUCACGAUCUCCCGCUUCUACGGGAACACUCUAGUCGCGCUGCUCUCCAUGAAACGAAGAUACAUGCUCUACGCGCUCAUGGUGCGCUGGAAAAUCUUCACCAAGUGGUCCGCUAAAGAGGAACAAGCAAGGUCCUCUUUCCUACAUGUUUAUUGUACAUGGAUUGCGAUGCUUCCUGAGGUGGACCAACCAAUCUCAACAUUCCAACCAGUUGUACGAACUACUAGUACUGUUGAAGAAUUCUUCAUCUAGACGUACUACAACAACUUUGGGCUUAAUAUUGAUGUAGAAUCAUGUGAUGCAGAAUUCACCGGGGUCUUCAGAUUUUCACAUGAUCUUAUCUUCAACUGCAGGACGCUCGUUAUGCGAAAGUUGGUCGACCGUGACGUAAAGCGGAUGAAAAAGCUGGGAGAUGGAUACGCCAAAGCGUUCCAGAAACUAGCAGAUAAAGCAACGCACACGCGUAACGAAGGCUUUCAAGAGUGUCUCAAAUUUCUCAUCCCACACGCCUGUGCAAGUCUUACCGGCAAAAAUGACGCCAUCAAUCCGCGGCAAUUUGCCACUUUCUUCAUCGAGCAUGUGAAAAGGUACUAAUCAUUGUCAUAUAUAUUUUAACCCGUACAACAAUAUACAAAAUGCAAUCAUCACAACGACUAUCUUCAGCAUCAGCGCUUCUUUCCACUAUAAUGUCAAAUAAUUAAGAUGCAUUGACUAGAAGUAGAAGUGUGUGCUCACAUUUUUCAAAAAUCAAAAGCUAUAUGAAAAAUGUCAGGGUGCGCGUGCAGAAACAGGAAAAAGCUGAUUGGUAUCUGGCUCGCGGUCGAUUAGAGCCCAAGCACGUUCUGCUAGAGCUGAUGUCCCUUGCCAAACGACAUGUCGCCGCGACUUUGAACGAGGAGGACGAAAGGAAAUUCGAGGAAACAGGCCCUGACAUCAUUCUUGCUAUUACUAAAGAGGUCGACGAGCGUGCCGAGGAAGAGAUGCUUCGAGACGAUUACGUCGAUACGGCAGGCGAGAAAAUGGCCACUCAUUAAGGCAGGAGCUUGCCCAAAUUCACUUUCAUCCUGAGAAGCAUCUUCUGUGAUUAAUAGUUUGCGAAGGGGAAAAGUAAAAUAGAAUAUCAAACACAGUUCCAAAGUACUUACUUAAGUUAGAAGAUGACUUUCUGUUUCUCCAAGAAGUAGCUGGGAAUUUGGGCACCAAGGUUUUCUAAGGUGAGCUUUUUGGGCAAAUCUUGCGCACUACGAUAGAUGCGAUGAGCCGUCAAAUGCGACAAAUGGCAGAAGAAACGAUGAAGGAGCACGAAGCCAUGCUUAGUGCUACUUCCCGAAGUGAAGCAGUAGAUACGUUGGAGGAUGAGGCGUCUCAGAGCGCGAAGCUGAUGGCGUCUUCUGGCGCAUCUUCCAGGCUGGAUCCUCUCACCGCAGGGGCAAGGGCUCCUAGUUUGAACUCGACAAGCGCCCAACAGAAUCCGAAGCUUGCCAAAGCAAAACAACUACCAUCAGUCCCACCGCUUACCAAAAACGAAAAAAAGGUAUCGUAGUCUUCGUUCUAUGAAUUGCUCACGUGCAUCUGGUUCUGUUUCUGGACUUCGUAGUUAAAGUACUUCGUUCUUUCUUUUUUGUCUAUCUUCCGGGUUGCGGCUCAUUGUGUAGGAUCUGCAACCUAGCCUAAUCACUGUCUCGUCCAUAGCCAUCAUCAUCGCCUGCAUCAUACUUCAGCUGAUCGAAGACCAUGUUGGGGUGUGGAUUAAGGACGUUGCAACGACUGAUAAGGUUUUUUAUCAUUUGCGUGUAGCAAUGGCUAAAGAUCUAGACAAAGCCGCCGAGCGUUUGGAUAAGGCAAAGAAGGACGGGGAAGAUCCAGGAAAGGCAGAGUCCGAGUACUACUCUGCUGAAAAUGCCUCACAGUCUAUUUUUCUCUUAAGACUUCUUCUCCACAAUGUGAUCAUCAUCAUCAUCAUCAUCGUUCGGUUUUAUAUUCCAAGAGAACAAAGAACAGCACUGACAGACUCUGGAACAAGAUUCAUACUGUAGUCCCUCAUUCGAGGUGGAUGAAUCAGGAUCGAAAUUAGUUUUCAAAUGAGCCAACGAUAGCUACGAAGUGAGAAUCUUGCUCACGCUGGUAAAGUCGAAGAAUAGUCGCUUGAACUCCCAUCGAGAGUUUUUUUUUAGGAUUGUUUUUCAUUCUGCAGAUUAUUUCUAUCUAUGUAUUGUCUAAUCUUCACGGAAAUGCGCCGGCUGUUCGAGGAAGUGAUUGACCGUGCAGAGGAGGUGCUGCAAAAGAAGUAUCCGGCUAUGCACGAGGUCUUUAAGAAGCCUGGCGCUCGCGAUACUGAGGCACUCCGCACGGCACAGCAAGAGCAGAACUCGGGAAUGGUUGCGGUAAAAAAGAAGAACAACAUUGACGAGGAUGAGGUUGGAGAUGUUACGGCUACAACAGUCAAACCGACUAGAAAAUUCUUGCUGUGUGUGAACAGAAAAAAGAUAAAACUCUCUUCGCUACGUUAUCAACUCAAGUGACGCAUAUAAGUAAUUCGAUUUUUUCGAAUACGGAAUGACUAAGGGAACGCUUACCGACGGUGAGAAAUUGUCAUCUGUUUUGCUCCCUUCUUGUCCUUGUAACUGUCGUUUCUUGCAGCUUAGCUCCUGAGUUACAAUUACAGGCCAUGCUUACUUUCUAAAGCUGCUCUCGCAGAUAUGAUGGAGAUGGGGGCACUUUUUAGAAAAAGCCCAGCCGAGACGGAAGCCAACUUUAUCGCGCAGCUGACCACCGCAGCGCAUGCUGUGAGGGAGCAUCUUAUCAUAAGUCUCUCCUACGAUCUGGAAAGCCUGCGAAGAUCUGAAGUUCACCAGGAGUUCUUGCGUAAAGGACCUUCGGCGGAUGUGCACGCGCGCCGUAUGUUAAUAUUCUUAUAGGAAAAUAGUUUAUAGAUAUACACGCUGGGUGGCUGGGCGGCAACGCCGGGGGGGGGGGCGCUUGGAUAACGCUGAGCGGACUUGAGGGCCACCCAUGCGGCACGCCGAGGCCGCGCCGUCGAUUUGUUUGCGCCUCGGGGGCGCGGUGAUGCGCGUCCCCUGACCACAAACAAAGGCGCUGCGCCACCCUCAUGGUUCCGGGCAGCGCGAGCGCAGUGCUGGCGCGCCAGUUUGCGCAGUGGCGGCCCGCGCCUGCUCCGUGCAGAGCUGCGUUGUGCUGCGCUGCGCUGCUCGGUGCAAUGCUGCGCCGCCCCUGUCCACAACGGCCCUGGCGGUUGCGUAACUCGCCAGCGUCGUUGGCCUACGCUUGACUAGUAUUGUCGGGGGGGAUUCUCAAGCGGGCGCCUGAAGGGCGGCCCGCAUUUUGAAUUGAGAUCCUUGAUGGCGUCACGCUGGGUGGACGCCUGGCGCAGAAUUCGGCACAGCUGGCACAAUCGGGUCGCCCAGAGACCCAGCGCGCCCAACGUGCCCAGCCCAGCCAUCUUCGCAAACUGCCCUAUUAUAAACAUAUGCAUAGUGCUACAUCUGCUAGUCCUACUCAUCUUGUUUCGUUUACGGUGCUCACAAGUGACCAUAUCAGGAGCGCAAUAAACAUGACAUGCAUCCAACUCAUUCAUCUGCCAUCUUGACAAAAUAUUUUUUUUAAUGGAGUUUUGACUCGUUGUCUGUGCUUUGUUUUCUUUUUGAAACCUCCAUUCUUUUUGAAUGUCCUACUUACGCGGUGAUGAGACAAUUAUACACACUUGGGUAAUUUUCAGUCUUAUCUUCUCAACAUUCGACUACAGAGGCUCUGAGCGCUGCCGAGCUUCGGGACAAGUUGCUAAAUUUCAUGCCGCGAGAUGGUGACGUGGGCAUGGUGAAGGAAGGGAUAGGAAAUGAGGAGCUGCCACCCGGCAUCGAGCCGCCCGUCGCGUACAGCACCGACCUUGGAACCGGAGACGAACCUCUUGACACCGAAGUCUUGUCCCGAGCUCGGUUCAUAUCCAUGAAUUUCUUCCAGAGCAUGAGCCCAACAGCCAACGCGCUGAUUCGCCAGCUUAUUAUGGAAACUUGCCGCUACAUCCAUGGCCUUUGGGAGCUAGUGCGGAAUGGAGCAAUACCCGUAGAUUAUGACCCGACCAUUCAUUUUGUCACUUGGAGGUAGUCCUGGUUCUGAUCAGAGAAAAAAUACAGUGUAAAGAAGAACACGUCGACGUGCGAAAUUACCUCGCUUAAGAUAGUGAAUUACUCUUUCUUGCCUAGUAUGCCUACUACAUUGUCCGUGAAUGAUUAGUAGGUUGUAGAAAUUGUAAUUGUUCUUGUCGUAGUCGUAGAAGUAAUGUUCUUUUUCGCUUUCCUUUUCCUAGAAGAGGUUGUAUUCCUUUCACCUCGCAAGACUCCUCGGUCUAAAAAGGAGCCCUCGCGGAGAUAUCUUCCACUUCUGCCGUUGCUCUGGCGCUCCGGACGCGAAACUUGACGGCCAUUCUAGAAGAACUGGCGCAUAUCGAAGAUUUUUUCCUUCGUCACUUCCUCACGUUACACGACGUCCUCCCCGGGCAGUCGGGGCAAGCCAGGGUCGCUGCGCUGUAUGUCUCCACCAGUGCGGCGGACAUUCUGAGGGCAGACAUCGAUAAUGAUCGACGGCAGAUCCACCCAGGUACAACUUCUACAAUUUACUACUUCCGUGGGAUAUGAAUCAAAAGUAGGGCGCUGCAGCUACUCCUGUAAUGUCACUCGUACUCAAUGUUGAAAUAUGUACAAAUAUAACUUUUUUGUCAAAGAUCAGUCUAUCCGUGCUUCAUCUUACCUACAUCCCACUGCUCCUACAGUUAGUGCUCCUUCGUUGGGUGGCAAAAUAAUAGUGAUGAACCGCGCUCUGUCGUAUUUCAUCCGGAGAGUCGAAGAGCAAGAUGAGCGAAAGCUUCCGCAGCUAUCAGAGAUAACGGAUAGGACGAACAAGCUCUUCCCGAAGCAACCGGAUCUCGCGGAAAUCCUGACCCAUUUAGAGGCGCACGAGGUGCAGACCAUGACUAGAAUGAUCCUAGACGUGUGGACCGACGUCGUAGACGAAGGAGUUGCCGAAAAGGUGCGAGAUCUACUCCCACCACCAGAAUCAUUCACGCGUGACGUGAAGGACAUGCAUGAUUUGAAUCUCAGUCCCAAACAUUAAGGAGGAUUGCGUCUAGUUUACCUCCUUUUGCCAAUCAUUUUCACGAGAAACAUGUACAAGACAGCUAGGAGAUCUCUAAUGACGAGUAAGUUAUAAACUACCCUUUUUAUAGAAUGAGAAUCAUCUACUUGCUUCCACAUAAAAACUAAUCAUGACGUUUCUUGUAAGUUGGGGAACGGGAACGUCUUAGAAGAUGAUGUGAUGGAACGCAAGAAAGGAAUUAUGGAGUAAUUAGCAGGCCCAUGAAAACACUCUAAAGACAGGAAAUUGCCUUGUCCGUGCUCGUGUUCGGGAAGGAGUCGAGGCGGUUGCGCGUUGAGCGCUACGUGCGAGAACUCAGGGCAAAAGUUCGACUCCUGGGCAUUCUGCAUCCGAAUAGAGAGGCAUCGGGGGCGGCGAAGAAGACCGUGGGAGGAGGCGCCGCCGCGAAGAAGGCACCGGCUGGAGCGAUGACGGCGGAGGAAAAAGAUAUGCACCUGCUUUCGGACGUUGAUCCUACGUGGUUUCUGAUGCAAGUUCUCGAGUUAGCGAAGAAAGAUUUAACGGAGCAGAAUUUCUUCGAGUACGAGAUACCAGGAAUAGGUGUGCCGGCGCCGGCGCCGCCAAUCGAGGAGACCGUGGCGCCGCCGCGAGAUGCGGACCAGGACCCGGAUUCUCUGGGAUCACUAUUUACUGGAGGAGGAGAAGGGGCGGCGGAAAAUAGUUCCAUAGAUCCUUCAAAGCCACGCGUACUGGCACCGGCGGCUCCUCUUAUUAUGCUUUCAAUGUAGAUAUAGGUGUUCGUUGAAGUUCCAGAGCAAGUUGUACUUACUGGAAAGAGAUUGUAAUUGAUUAUUGGGAAUUAGCUACCUCGCUCUAGCACGACCUUCCUCUAGACAGAGAACGAACAAGCAGGCACUGUCGGAGGGUUUCGACUAAAAUGAUGUUCAAGCAACUACUAAUAGUUGAUCAUGGCCUAUUUUUACGGGAAUAAUCAUGUAAGUUGAUGCUGCACCCACGGAAGUCACGAUGUUAAAGGAGAUGAACUUGUGAAACAAAUCUAAUCGUAGCAUGUUCCAGCAUUUGCCGGCAGCGACGCAGAAGCUGCUGAAGCAGAGUAUACUUGGGGUUCUCACCGGCGCACUCGUGUCCAAGAUGCAGUCGCAGGAACCUGUGAUUCCCGACUACUCGGCUGCGCACGUCUGCCAAGUCCUUUUUGAUGACGUAGAGGACGAGGAAGAAGUGAUGACGGGAGUCGAAGAAAGCGCGCAGCACAAGACGGAAGGCAAAGCCUUGUUGGAUCGCGCGGUCGCGGGUCUCUCCGAACCAGUCACCCGCGGGAAGCCGGAUACAGAGCAGCCUCUCCGCUUCAAAAAGACCCUCGAGGGGGUUUACUACGACGCCUAUCUGGCGCAGCUCUUUGACAGCUACACCGUAACGGCUUACUGCGUCCACCCCGCGGUGCGGCCGCCCACUGUGACGCAGAUCUCGCAUGCACUCUCCGUCGCUCACAACGAACACGUCCGGUAUCAUUGGGUCGGUGAGAGGGCUGUAUUCGUUUCCAGACCUGGUAAGCUUCGCACCGUUGAAGAAGUAGGCCACGUCCUCACUGAGUUUCUGUCUUACUGGGCAGGGCGUCCUAGUUGCAGCAUUGCCACAAUUUUCGAAAGUUUUCACAAGUGUGUCUGGGAGUUGCACACGGAGAACAAGGAUCUCGGUAGUAUUCCGCCCUUCAAACUUUGUCUGCAGGCGGUUGAAAUCUCCAUGGGCUUGAUGAAGGACCGCUUCAAGUAUUACAGUAAAGAUCUCUGCGUUCAUUUCUACAGUCUAGUGAUAUCCCUGUUCGCGGCAGACGUCCAGCUGGCGACGGAUCCAAGGCUAAAGUUCAUUGCUACACACGCCCCGCUUAUUCGUGUACUCGCCUUCUCUUUUAUCAAGAUUAUGGCUCCAAUGCUAAGCGUUGAAAAAUUGAUAUUUUUUUUGGUGGCUGGCCUAACCAAUUACUACUUUAGAAAAAACCCAUAAAUAUCCUAUCUUUAAGGUAUAUCAAAUUGUGACUUUUUAGCAAAUCUGUUACAGAUUUUCGUUUUCCCGAGAGUGUCGACUUUUUUUGAUCCUGAAGACGGACCCGAAACGGACUCGAGACUUUGGAUUUUUUACGAGUAUGACGAUGCAUGUAGAGAAAGAUGGCAGACGAAGGAGCAAGACAAAGGAUCACGCCAAUCCAUCUGCCCCCCAUUUUUUUAUCAAUUUUCUCACCGUUCUUGUCCGUCGAUGCUUCAACACAAUAAACGUCUAAUGAUCUUUCCCAAGUUAAGAAAGCUUUGCCUUUGUUUCGUGUGAAAUACCGAGACACAGGCAACCGCGUCUGGCAGCUUUGAGCCCGGUGUCGCCUCUGUGUCUGUCUCUGUCCAUCGAAGCCGCCCUGGCGUUCCCCUCUUCGAGUUGUUGCGAGGGCAAUGUCCGGCGCCCUUCACUCCUUCGGACCCUGUCAAUUCCCGCCGCCCUUCCGUCCCUCCUUUGCAUGUGAUACCCGUCUAGGGGCGGCGUGCCCUGGUCUUCACUCAUCGUGUGACCCGAAAAAGGCCGCGGGGGUGGGGUGUUCCUUUGGGGUUGCCUCUCUUUGGUCGGGAUAUGGUCAGCACUUUCGGAAGGGCCAAGCGACGUGCGCUGCGGGUUUCGCCCCCCUCCACUCCGCUCUCUCAUCAUUUGCGAAAACCAACGAGAGGGAGCAAAAACCCAGAAAAGAAAGAAGAAAUACCCGAAGCCCACAACAUGAUAGCCGCGGGGGCGGGGGUGGCAGUACGCUUCUGCUUUCUUUGGAGAAGGCCCAGACAGCACUCUCUCGCGCACAAAUGCCGAGCGCGUGGCACCGCAUAGACUGCGCGCGGGUGCUGCAUGACGAGAGGCAGAGCACCGGGGGAGGGGGCUGGUGCUUGUAGCGGGGUAAAAGCUCUAGACCGCUCUCUGCCAUGCUUCCCCUGGUUGUCUAGCUCCUCCAUUGACGCCCAGCCCUGGAGAGCGGCACGCCCGCACCAAGGACGCCGUCCCGGCCAGUGGCGACCCCCAGGAAGAUGAAGGCUGACAGGCUCAGGCAGCCCGCGGCAGCAAAAACGACAGCGAGGGCGAAGACAGUGGCGGACAGUCAGACGCAUGAAAAAGAGACUCCAGCCGGCGCGGGUGGGGGUGUCGCCUGCUUCGCUCCUCCCCCGGUUCAGUCAAGCGCGCGCGGCGCCUGCUGGGUGCGGGUGUGGCUCUGCUUGUGUUGCUCGCGUUGGUCUGGUCUUGGUGGCGGUGGCUCGCUUCUCUUUUUUGUCUCUGGCCUUCUGCUUCUUUCGUCGCCUUUGUUCCUUUGAGAGAGUGGCCUUCGGCUUCGCCUCAGCUUAUCUUAUCGCAGCUGCUUAUGGCGAUGCCCCCCGAAAUACCGUAGCCAUGCUCCUUUGCCUUCUCCCUCCCCUGCCAGCCCUUCCCAAUCCCUUGCCCCCCCGAUAACCUCGCUGAAGUUCUGUCCCUCUUGCUUUCUGUGGCACCCUACGCGCCCCCAGUGUCUGUCAUCCUUGUGGCCGUGCGUCGUCUUUUCUCCUUUCCUUCAACAACUAGUCUUCUCGUCCUCAUCUUCCCCCGCCUUCUUGUCUUGGUGGUUGUGCUGUUCGUUGUUAUUUGUGUUGCCUUUGUGAUUCUACUUGGGCUUGUGCGUCACGCCUUCAGCCUCACCUCGCUCCAUUGGGAUGGGCUUCGGCCGUUUCACUUCUGCCGGCGUAGCUUGUCUUUUGUCUUUGGGGGCUUUGGCCUUUGUAUGUGGCUUUCCCGUGUCAUAGUCUUCGCUGGGUUCAUUCUUUGGCUUAUACGAGACAAGGCGGCCCAACUUGAUAAACUUGACCGUUAACCUGUGACACAGACACUAUUUUUGGUGUAGUCCUAGUUUCGUCCGCAGAUUGUUUUCAACAAACAUGAAUAUUCAGGAAGUAGUCGGUGUUGUAGGAUUAAGACCUGGUUUAUCGCAGGAAAAAGUGUUAUCAUUAUCGUUUUUUUGAUUUUUUCAGAUUGGGGUAACAAAUUCCAGGCAUUGGUGGGACGCUGUGCGCGUGGGCAUAAGAAUGGAGGGGCGCCAGCAUUCACCGCUUCCUCUUGGCGCGUCUGCGGGUGGGCUGCGCUUCCCAUGACUCAGACAACAAACCAGCGGCGCCGCACGCGCUGCUGUCCUGCUCUGGCUGCUGGGUGGUGCUGCGCUCUCCGGGAGGCGCUUCCAGCAAUGGCAGACGCGCAUGCGUGUAGCUUGUUUCCCUGUCCCCUCGCGAAUCUGGGGCCCGAGUGUCAGGGGAUGGCCUGCAGCCCUGCUGCUUGCGGCCGCUCCGCCACCUCUGGCGCCCCACCUUCUCCGACCUCUAGCGACUCGGCGCCCCCUUCCUGCUGUGGCCGCUCUGGUCCUCUAGCCGGGCCGGAGGUGGUCCGCCGCCCCCCUCCACCGACCCCUCCAAACACUCGCCAAAAAAACGAUAACGAGCAAGCAGAAAAGGCGCCCACCUGUCAUCCGCUUGCCCCUCGAGGUUCUGAAAAUUUAGCGCGUGUUUUUGGGCUUCGGCGAAGAGUGUCGGGCGCCAGAAGCGUUAUCGCCUAUCUGUCGGGCGCCGAAAGUCUUAUCAAAUGGGGCCCCUGAAAACAAGGACCCCCCUCGAACACCCCCUCCAACUGACCUCUUCAGCCGCUCGCGCGUCUGCGGCUCUCGAUCGGCUCCUCGCCUCCUUGGAUAUUGAGCGAAGUGGCGUCGCGGCUUCCCCUCGAUCGGCUUGGCGUUUCAUAUUGCUUGCCCCCAGGAAUCACCCCAACGAUUGCCAGCGGGGCUGCUUUCCGAGUGCGCCGAGCUUGGUGCCCACGUUGGGCUACUUUUGCGGAUAAGUUUGCAGGGCCAGGCCACGCUACUGCCCCAUGGGCGUGCGUAAGCGGAGGCCGCGGCCUCUGAGCUUAGCGGUACCAUCAUGCCCAGCCAUGACUGAAGGGCCGCGUCAAUGGGAGGAGGAGCGCAGCGUCUGCUGCGGCACCUCGUGGAGGGAGGGCCGGCUUGCCCAUCGCAAGGCGGAAAGCCCCAGGAUCGCAGUGCUCCACGUCGUGCUUUUCUCAAAAAUUCAAAAAAACGAUAAUGAUAACGUUUUUUCUCGCGAUAUGGUUGUAGCACUACCAGCACCAGGGCUGGCCAUCGUCGCCCUCUAAGAAGAGCGUAGUGGAAGGCGGUGGAGAGCACAAGGCCUGGUUCACCAAUUUGUGCAAGAACGUGCCGGAGUUUCGUGGAGUGCAGGACCUUGUGCCGCUUCUGAAUCUUUUGACACGGUGUAUGAGUGAGGCGGACGCUAACGUCUGGUGCGAGCGAUUGCGGAAGCUACAUAACACGACUUGCGCCGCUCUGAAACAACAGGCGGCACUUGCAGCAAGAAAAAAAGACCUCGAGGAGAAGGCGAAGGCCAAUAAGAAAUUAUGCUGAGACCACGCUUCAAGAGUCAUGUGUUGUGAAGAAGUCCUUUGAACGUACCUGCAACUUGCACACUUCAAAUGAAGAGGGUACUGUUGUGGCAUCCUAGAAGCUUGUACUUACUUGAUUUAUACUUUCACAAACAUUGAGGUACAGGAAUUGCCUGAUACUGUCAUUCAUAGGUUCCGUCUCGUCACUUACCAACAAGAUGGACCCUAUUGCAUUCACGAGAGGCCACUAAAUGGAGAAGCUGCAAGAGGUAAAGGCAAUAGCGGUUCUACUACAUCGUCUUAUCAUCUACUCAUCUGGUUUUGUUCAUCUAUUUGCACUAGACUUAAGCGCCCGGCAGUACUCAUCCCACUAGAAUCCUCCACCCUCUGCACGCACUUCCCUCGCCAUUGCGUGCCUCCGCUUGCCUGGCCCCUUCCCCACGCGAAAACUGUCAGGCGGAGUUCAUCGGCGGGACAGCACAGGCGCCGGGCUCUUGGCGGCCUGCGGCCAUUGAAGGGGCACGCCUGGAAAUGGUAAGCCCGGGAGCUUGCUGGCCUUCUGUUCAGUUUGGCAUCUUUGCGGAAGGCUGAAGCUUUUAAGUUUCAAACUUUUACAACUCGUCCACUUUGAAGAAAGUUAAAAACUUUGCGUUCAAUUUUUUGAAGUAUAUUCGUCUUUUCAAGUUUGAGACUUCAACCGAAAGCUUUUCAAAGUCCCAAAGUUUUUGAUCUUUUGCAAAAAAACUAAACGUGGGCGCCAGGGUGGCGCGUUGUAGGCUUCAAGCUGAAGACUUGAAGCCUUAAGGCAGUCAAAGGCCCCACGUCCAAUGCGGUUUUAAUUGAAGUUCAUGCGUCUUUGAUAAAGUCAAAAGCUGCUUUGCCCUUUUCGCGCUUUCAAAUUAGAGGCUUCAACCAAUUUCAGAACUUUCAAAAUCCCAAAGCGUUUAAGCUUCUCGCCCAAAAAGUAGACUUAAAUAAGGUCCAGGGUGGCAAGUUGUAGGCUUCAAGCUGAAGGCUUGAAGCCUCAAGGCCGUCCCUAGUAAGUUCAUGGGCUCGGGGGUUCGGAAGUGUGAGGCUGAGAGUUUGGCGGGGUCGUUGUUGAUUUUUUUUAGCUCUUUAAUAUUUUCUCCAGUCAUUAUCGUUCUAAUUUAGAAGGACUCGGUGACGGGCAGGGGCUCACAGCUGUUGCGGUCUAUGCGAAGCCAACUAAUGGAGAAUUGGAAGGCCCGCCAGAGUAGUAGAAUGUCAUCACGUGACGGGGAAGUGCGCUCCUCAACUAUGUCAAGUAGCUAUGAGCUUGCGCAAGAGAGCAAGCGCGCGGCGAAUAUUCACACCGCAACUAGAGCUUAAGGCCGGUAGUUUUUCACUCACGAGGUCGGACCUAUCAUUAUGAUUAUAUGAAUAUGUCGGACUCCGAUAUAAGAAUGCGUAGGUGUAGAACUAGAAGGACUAGAAGUAAUAGUGUACUAGAAGAACCCCUUUCAUCUUGAUUAUAUCCAAAGUGCAACAGAGCAUAUCACCAUCAAUGACUACCUUCUAAAAAACAGUCAAAAAGAUGCAGCAGUUACAGGCACAAGAAGGUGCAGCAAAAAGGGCACCACAGAUGAACGCGCCAGGAAACGCAGGGGCUGGCCUCGUUGCAGUCAGCUCAGGAUCAGAGUUAAGUCGUGGAUGAAAUUAAGUAAUGAUUUUUUGGAGCUCGGUGAUAAAUUUAAUUGCUCACGAACACCACCCAGAACACCGAAAUAUGCCUUGCAGAGGCAUGCCAGUCUUGUCGUGAUAUCAUACAUAGCGUUAGUGACACGACUAAUUCGUUGUACCUACUAUCGAAAAGUAGACUAAUUUGUGUUAAAUGUAGAAAAAAUAUUUAUAUAAAUGAAAACGCAGGAAAGAAGUAAUAUAGUUGUUGUAGUUGCUAUUUUAUGAAAAUAUGAAUAUUACAAUGAUGUACACGCUGACAAUAUGGAUGAAGAUGUUUUUUCCAUUCUUACGACCAUCGAGGCCUCGUCCCCUUCUCCCCUUGAAAGUGUAUAGGUAAAAAGGGAGACUCGAUGGCCUGGCUACUUGCAAAAAACGCCACUCACUCAUCGUAGCUCGUAGCACUAGACUUUAGUUCUUUAUCUUCUUCUCCUCUAAAGAAGACAGAUGGAGAGCAAGCAAAUAUGCAAGACUCGGCAAGGUUCGAAAGAUGUGAGCGACUCUACGUGCCGGUACUUGCAAACUAUGUUUACUUUGCCAGGGGUCGAAAACUUCUAGCAGCGAAAGCCGCAGCGGCGGGAAGAAAAGGAGGACGCUCAAGCUUUUAUGCGCUACGUACCAUAGAGGACGUGAGUCUGAGUGCUACCGAUUGAUAAAGUUGAAGAAAGACAAUCAAAUAUGAAAAUAUGUAGCGAACUCCCCUUGUCUGGUGCGUCGCGACGGAUUACCAUGCAUAUUAUUUUGACGGGUUUAGAUUUCAAAUUCGUGAAUUGUAAAGCAGCAUGGCUGGCAUGACGUUACUUUACAUUUUCUUGUCUCUUCAUGAUCCGGUACUUGGGUACGACGAUCAGCGGGCGCAUAAGAAUGAGCAUUACGUGGAAGGGGUAGGGUAUCGCCCUGUCGACAACAUGCAAGCGAAGGACGGCUCCGUUUUUGACGUAGACGCGCACAAUGAAACUUAUGACAACCACUGAAGAUCAUUCGUGACCAGUUGUGGUUGUGCCCCCGUGUAUUUAAUUUACACUUGAUUGUUGGUACCGUUCUUCGCCUCAUUUUUAUUUUUUACACAACCUUCCUCAAUACAAGAAAAUAAUGUUUACUAACGAGUAGUAACUACAACUAGAAUCUUGGCCAUUAAGACAGUUAGUUGAGAAGAAAUGUGCUACAUCCAUAGAAAAUGUCGUGAUUGAACAAUUUCAAUUUCUGCGUUGGUUUUGUUUAAGAGCAGUGGCCAGAAGUAGAGCGACGAGUACUUGCGAUUUUCUAAGACAAAGGGGGUGACCGAUUUCAUAUCGAGAAUCUGAUAAAUUCUGGGCCGUCCAUCCUGAUCACACGUAUCCUCGCGCGCCUUCCUGCUCCCGGACUGAACUGUGUAGCAGCAGCUGAAGGCUUGAUACACUUUUUCCGGACUACGUAUCGUGUCGUACGUAACGAUGCUCUAAACCAUGACGCAAUCUUACCAGGAGUCUCGCCGCUUCCGGGCGAAGCACUGGAGUGCAUCUACGAACUCGGUACUUCUAAAGAACAAUUUUUCUGAUCAACGAUUAGGGUUGAUUAAUUAUGAUUUAUUUCUCAUGUUUUUGUGGGAAACCAUGCUGGUUGUAUAAAUAUGCGAGGAUGUUAUGGUGCUGACGCCUUUCCAUGCAUUGUGAUUGAGUCAAGAAUAUCAUACAUCCAAAUCCAUGUUAUAUUUUAUAUUAAACCACGAUCCACAUUCACAUAUUCUUCAGCUGCCAACGUGAACCUCGAACCGAUUCUGCAGCUUGGCGCUAAUACAUUUGAGCUUCUCAGUGCAUUUCUAGCUCGUGUAUAUGGGAAACUCCUAGUGGCUAACCCGGAUUGGCGAAGGAACUUUCCACGCAUGUUCGAUUAAGGCUGUCGAUGUUUCACCUUGUGUCUUUGGUUGCAUCUCUCGUCGAGAAAGUAAAAGUACCUGCCUGCGUGUCCUGCUCGAUGAAAGAAUGCUUACUAUCGAGAUGCGAUGGGUUUCUGCCUACUAGUAGAGAUGAAUAAUUAUCACCAGUAGCAAAUGAAGCGCUAAUUUGUUUACCUUCACGUUUUCGGUUUCGCACUCAUAGAGUACAAUUGGAAAGGCGAAGAAAUAUUAGGUCGCGAGGCAAGUCUCAAGGAGGAUGAAAUGCGAUUUGCGUCGGCCCUGAGAGAAAGGGGCACCGGAAGGCUCGAUCGCAUUGACUCAAUCGAAGAGCUUGUGCUUAAUUCCGAGGAUUUCGCACAGGUUCAGAUUUUGAUUUAUUGAUCCCUAUGGUAAUCAGUAUCAGUCUCUCUUCUUUGCUUUUAGAAACAAGCGCGAGCGAAAGCGAUGAGUAUGUUGAUUCCACCCACAUGGACUUAAUAGUGUACUACUACGAGGACGGUUCAGGUUCUUAUAUCAACCAGUGGUUAUUGAAUGAUUUUAUUUUUACCUCCUUUUACUCAUACUCCCUCCAUCAUCCAAAGUAUAUCAAGUACUACAACAACUUCAACGUCAACUUCGUACUUGUCCUAUCUACUGCACCUUCGACAUCAAGGUUAUGAUAUUAUCGGCAUCUGGUUUCCUGAACAAAGCUGCACAGUUGGAGUUCGACGACGAAAGAAGUGUGACGGACUUCGAAAUGUUCGUGACGGCAGAGCUAAGUGACAUUGCUCUUUCUUUCUGCUGGCAAGGUGAGUACGCGGACCUCUUCGUCGCCUUUGUGGCUAUGGCGGUGGGCCGACGCAUCAUUUUCGAAAAUCGGCAGCACUACAACACGCUCUUCAUCCACUUCUUCAAUCUCUUCACUAAAGUUAAGACGGAGUGCGUUAGUCCUCUCAGUCCUCUGCCUCUUUUCGCGACUCUUAUUUUGUACUAGACUCAUCAGUACAUUUAUUUUCUUAACAGUUUCUCUGUCUCUCCACGGUCUUCUGCUCGGCGUGACAAAAAUCGAUGCUGGUUUAAUAUUUUUUUAUAUAUAUAAUACACGAGGACCAGAGGCACAUUAUUUGAUGUCACUUUCAAUUCCACUUAGCAUGCUCGAGAAAAGGCUUACGAUUUGAAAUGUUCCUCUAAUGAUUAUACAGAUAUUACAUUUGAUAAUAAGUGCCACGUCGUUUUCCUCUUGCUUUGAUUUGAUUUGGAAACCUCUUCUCGCUCUUGCUUCUAAGAAAGAGUAUCUAUCGAAGGUGCCGGACCACGCAGGAAUAUUGCCGUGGCUGAAAGAUCAGGUAAAACGGAUAUUCACAAUCUGCCAGCGACCAACAAUGGAAACCAGGAUGGCACUUGGCGAGGAUGACGCGGACGAUGGCGCCGAUUCGGAACUACCAUACAGCAGCUCCCGGAAUAUGGAGAACGAGGAUGAAGAGCCGAAAGACCGUCUGUUAAGGCCUCCAGUUUUAUUUCAGCAUGCUGAUCCUUGUGUCGACAUGUGAAUGAUUCUCCGCAGAGUGGAUGAACUUUUUACUACCUUGUCGUCGGGCUUCUUACGUGAGUAGAUAACAUCAAUAGCGUGGACGACCAGGUUCCUAGAGAAAAAUCCUUCUCAAGGUAGGAUGAUGGAAUAAAGCGACCGCUAAGUCACGGCUUCCCGCUCCCUCAGAAAGAAGAACCAGAGAAGAAAACGAAACUUCCGUUCAUUUAAGGCCACAACGACAAAUGCAUGUGCAUUCUCACAGCUACAAGCUCCUAUUUUUUCCUUCUCAUUUACAUUCAUUUUCUUUUGGAUAGUCGACUCUUCAAGUUCUUUCAUGACUUUUUUUUCAUCAAAACAACCCACAACCACAACCACACACUCUCACUCACACUUAGAAGGUACUAAACCGCGAAGUUUGCCGCUCGCCGCCUCAGAGACUUGAUGGAAGUCCUCACUACAAUUUCACUCCAUAGAGAUACUCAUCUUAGAAAGUCCUGGGUUCAUCUUAUUCUUCUUGUAAUCAUUUUCUUUUGGAUUUUGAGUUGGAUUAAGCAGAAAUAUUUAUUUCAGUGAAUAACAAACAGUCUUCCAGUUCUUCAAAAAGAUGGCCACAAGGUGAAUGCCCGGGUCAUGAAGGCGAAAAAUGCAGUUCUCGUAGAUGUACUUCUUCUAACUUGUGAAACUGAACGUUGCUCCUGAGGGGGGGCAGGCAACGGAAGCCCCUGUUGUGGCCGCUGCAGACCCCGAUGCAAAUCUAGCGAGACUCGAGUAUUCCAAGAAUUUUACUCGCGGUGACGCUGGAAACAGGUAGUGAUGCGUGACGCGAUUGCAAGCCAGCACAUUUUAAACACAUACUUACAUAUUCAUAAAAAUGCCACCAGUAGUGUACAGGCAAAGCUGGUCCUCGUCUUUAAAUGUUGUUGUUCGUCCUCGAUCUUUUUUGCAAAUUGUAUCUAUAUAUAUAAGGAGUCGUAACGAAAUUCACCUGUUUUCAUGAUGUUGACACUUACUAGAUAGCCGUGAGUGUAGAAGUUCUAGAUUUGAAUCCUUUGCAAGUAGUCAAGUUAGUCUUAGUGAGUAUACAUUCAUAGUUGUAGUUACAACAUCCGGUUCUCCUCGAAAUCGUAAUUGUUACAUCAAUUCGCAUAUAGCGCUAGUAGCGCUUGUUGAGUUCAUCUUUAUGAAGAUAGAAGUCUACCGAAUUCAGUUGUAGCUUGUACUUACCUAUACUCCUACGGGGUGAGUCUGAGUCAGCGAUCAAGACCACGUGAUGUAACAUGGCCAUCAAGCAUACUGCCUUGAGCUGAAGGAAAAACCUGCAGUCUGCAAGCGCAACAAAAAGAACACCCCGUCUACGUGACCACGUAUAGUGUACCGCACCACUUUCGUUGGCACCGCGUACCCAUUCCAUCCUACCAAUAGAUAAGUACUAUGUAUAGAAUUGGUCUUGUAAAAAGAAAGCACUAAUAUAUUUUAUGCGCAAGAUAAUCAUAUUUUAUUCUCGAACGUCAUUCUCCUCCACCAAUAUCCAAAUCAUGUUAGCGACUCAACCGCGUCGUGGACGUGGUCACCAUCCACCUCGUCAUCUUUUCCCCAUGAGCAGAGGAUGGCCCGACGAACGUAAAUUUGAGGCACAGUCAUGGACUAAAAAGUAAAGUGGUUCUUUCUCAGACUUCUUUCACAUCAAAAAGAACUCCCCCCUAUGCCGGUAGCUACGCGGAAAAUAUGUAGGCAGGUUCUUCACGGAACUCGCUCGCGAUGCAAAAAAAAAAAGUAGUAAGAAAGUAAAUUGAAAUUAAAAAUAGCAACAAAUAACAUAUUGCACAUUUUUAUAUAGCAAGGUCGUAUUCGCCUUCGAAGAAGCAACUACCUUAUCAAGUUUAUAAUCCCAACUACAUCAAGUUGAAGCUGAUCAUUCAUUCAUCCAUGGAUCUUAUCUAUUAUUUACUAACAAGAAACAUCCAUCUCCAAUCUUGUACAACUACAUCCCCGCUGCGGAUGAACGUAUUCGAUACCGUAAAUUUAAGCCGAUCUGUUGCACAGAAAUGCAUAGAAGAAGGAAAGAUGAGAAAAAUUAAAUGUCAUAUCGCCACAUUCCAAACAAAACUACUCGUUUGAAGAUUAAUAAAAAGUUGACGGAUCUUUACUAAAGCAAUAAACUAGUCGUAAAUAUUUUCUCCUUCUGAAGAAAACAACGAAUGAUGACGCAGAGAGAAACAGAACCAAAAAUGCAGUUGCCGCAUCAGAACUCUAAAAAGACACAUCAAGAUCUACUACGUCGGAUUGCUGCUGUUGACGGCGCUGUCGCCCACCCGCGUGUCGAGCAGUAUAUGCUGAAAAAUGCUAAAUUUGUGAUGC